AUGCUGGGGCCUGGCACAGGGGUAACUUCAGGGGGAGCGCAUGGAGCCCCGUGGCUGACCAGAGAGAGGGCGAGAGCGGCCGGAGCUUUCCUCCGCGACACCCUGGGCCUGGGUAAACAUGGUGAGAGCUCCACUCUCUUCUCUCCCAACCACCACCUGAGCGUAGUGUGGUGUGGCGUGGUGUGGCGUGUUGUGGUGUUGAUGGGGCAUGGUGUGGUGUUGGAAAGAGUGUUAAUGUCACUGGUGUGGCGUGGCAUGCUGUUGUGUGGUGUGUUAUACAUGUGGUGUGAUGUGACGUGGUGUGGUGUCACUGGUGUGGAGUGGUGUGGUGUGAGUCUGGGCGCUGAGUCACUGUCUGUGAUCGAGAAUACGGUGGCCACGGGGUCUUCUGUGCCAUAUGGGGGGCCACUGGAGGCUGCGGCGGCAGGGGUGGGGGGGGCACCGCAGGGCCCCCCCGCAUGGGUCAAGGCUACCACGGCAACACCACAACAAGUGUACCAGGCGUUUGGGGGAAAGGCGGUGGGCCAGAGGCUGGUGAGACUGCUGGCUCUGCUGUGUGUGCUGGGGCUACUGGGAGGAGUGGCGGUGGGGGUAUGGCACGUCGUGAAGCUGCUGCUGAAGCCUGCCUCACAGCAGAGCCCGGCUGGUGGCGGCGGUGGUGGUGGUGGCGGCGGUGGCGGUGGCUUGGGGGACAGCAAGGAGACGUCCUUCUGUAAUGUGACCGAGGACAUCUCAGUCACAGACUCCCGCAAAGUUUUUUACAGGAUCAGUCCAGAGAAUUCCCUUCUGGAGAUCCAGCUGGAGAGGCUUCCAACAUGGCUGCCGGUCUGCUACGAGCGCUGGAACUCCUCGCUGGGGACGCUGGUCUGCCGCCAGCUGGGCUACCUCAGGUUAACCAAACAUAAAGGAGUCAAUUUAACCGACAUCGGCCCAAAUUACACAGAUGGGUUUGUUCAGAUCGCCGUGGAAAACAAGGCUGGUCUGGAGAGCCUGUGGCAGUUCAGGGGAAACUGCAGCACGGGAAAAGUUAUAGCCCUUAAGUGCUUUGAGUGUGGCACGCGUGCGAAGCUGCCGCGCAUCAUUGGGGGUGCGGAGGCGUCGCUGGGCCGGUGGCCGUGGCAGGUCAGCCUGUACUACAGCAACCGCCACACCUGCGGAGGCUCCAUCAUCACCACCGACUGGGUCGUCACCGCCGCGCACUGCGUUCACAACUAUCGUCUGCCCCAGGUGUCCAGCUGGGUGGUGUAUGCGGGCAUCGUGACCCGGAACUCAGCCAAGAUGGCGGAACACAGAGGUCACGAGGUGGAGAAGAUCAUCUACAACAAGAACUACAACCACAGGAGCCACGACAACGACAUCGCACUCAUGAAGCUCAAGACCCCACUCAACUUCUCAGACAUUGUGCGGCCAGUGUGCCUGCCCAAAUACGACCACGACCUCCCAGGAGGCACUCAGUGUUGGAUCUCAGGAUGGGGAUACACUCAGCCAGAUGACGUUCGUAUCCCGGACACCCUGAAGGAGGCGCCGGUACCCCUCAUCAGCACCAGGAAGUGCAACAGCUCCUGCAUGUACAACGGAGAGAUCACUCCCAGAAUGCUUUGCGCCGGCUACACCGAGGGCAAAGUGGACGCCUGCCAGGGUGACAGUGGAGGGCCUCUGGUGUGCCAAGAGGAGGGUGUGUGGCGUCUGGUGGGCGUGGUCAGCUGGGGCGCGGGCUGUGCUGAGCCCAACCAUCCUGGGGUCUACACCAAGGUGGCAGAGUUCCUCAGCUGGAUCUACGACAUGAUCGAGAGUUACUGAGGGAGGAGGAGGUGUGGAGUGAGUGCUGGAUCUUCACUCGUUCGCGGUACAGAGCACACAGAGCCGACUCGGACAGCUGACCAGGGGAGGGAGGAGGGGAGGAUGGGAGAGCGCUCCUUCCUCGUUCCCACACACAAAAGAAGAGCUCUUUUGUGUUCCGCAUACAAUGCCGAGGACUAAAGACGCUGCAUUGAGCGCAACUGGAAGGGAAUCCCCUUCUGUAAAAAAGGAAAAAAAUACAGAAGAUAGACAAAAAGUGCUGACCUUAUUUCAUUUGAGAAGGUCAAACGUUAACUGACCAG